GAGGGUGUGGAGAGUGCAGGAUGACCCACCCCUAACCGGCUGACACGGCUCGUCUUAGUUUAACCCGACAUGACUUCAGAUCAAACCUUAGUGGAUUACCUUUAACAGCGUUUAAACAAUGCGAACUUGGUAAAAAGAAGGAAUAAGUAGCGGAAUUUUGAGAAGAACUAGUCUACACGCGCAGAGAAUUAAGUUACACUAUUAAGUUACACUAAGAGAAUCUGCACACAGAACAUUUGAUAUCUUUUUCUUUUUAGAACUAUGGUAAACAGGUGUGCAGUAAGUAUGUGAGUGGGGUUACUCGACAACUCGGCGUUUUUUUCCGUCAUUGCCUUUGGCGUUUUCAAAAGACAACUACAACUCAGGAAGCGAAGCCAAGACGGAUGUCGCUACCACAACCAGACAACGUGAAAUAUACCACGUCGUGCGACGUUUGCUUGCAAACCGCGACUCACUCUUGGAAACUCUAACUCAUUCUGUGGCGUCGUUAGUUCAGUUUUUCGUAAAGAUCACAAAGAAGCGGUUUUAAAGAGAGGGUGUUCAAUGAAAGAUCUCCCUGUUCACCCUUAAAUCGUCUGGAUAAUAAACAGGACCGCCAGCCCGAUGGGAUCUCAAGGGCCAGGACGCAAAAGAACUCCUAACAAAAAUGGCUUGACCGCUGAGGAGGAUGCGCUGAAUUUAAUAGCAAGAGAGGCUGAAAGUCGACUGGCAGCUAAGAGGGCAGCCAGAGCAGAAGCCCGUGAAAUCCGCAUGAGGGAGCUGGAGAGGCAGCAGAAAGAGAUCUAUCAGGUCCAGAAGAAAUACUAUGGAUUGGAUAACCUGGACAACAAAUGGGGGGACAUUGAGCAGUGGAUGGAGAACAGUGAACGCUAUACACAACCCUCCCAGAGACAUGGCUUGAUGUCAGAUGAUGAAGAGCGGACAUCAGUGGGGAGCAGGAACAGCCUGCAGUUGAAUUUAGAAUCAGUGGGGGCACAUGAAGGGCUCUCCCAAGUGUCAUCAUUAUACUCGUACAAGAAUUUGAAGAAGAAGAACAGGAAGAAGAAAAAACAUUCUUCUCAAACUAGCAAUGGCUAUGAUGAUGAUUACAACACAAAGUCCAGUCGGGGAUCCUUAGAAGAAAGUCUCUGCAGUAGCUCUUGGCGCUCCAGUUCGCGUGCUCCAUCUGAGUAUAGUGAGCUUUUGGGUUCAAGCUACAGGAUGUCCUCCAGAGUGAGCUCCAGGUGUUCCAGCCCAGCGGAUACAGCUGUUGGAAGUUGCCUUCCCAAAGACCUGGAUCAUGUGACCAUCCCAGACUUGCCAAACAUCAGUAGGAGACUGCUUGAGGGUUCCUCUCGGGGAUCAACUUUAUCUACUGCCACUCUUACCUCACUUGGUGGGACUUCAUGUAGAGGAAGUGGAGAUUCAUCGGUCAUUACAGAUGCAGAGACGUCUAUACAGGAAAUGAAGGAUAUCCAUGAACUUAAGGAUCAGAUACAAGAUGUUGAGGCCAAGUAUACGCAAAGCCUUAAAGACAUUAAGGAUUCCCUGGCAGAGAUGGAGGAGAAGUAUCGGAAAGCCAUGGUGUCCAAUGCUCAGUUAGACAAUGAGAAGUCCAAUCUGAUGUAUCAGGUGGACACUCUAAAAGACUCACUGAUGGAACUGGAGGAGCUGCUUGCUGAGACUCGCCGAGAGUUUGAGGAGAAGAGUAAGGAUCUGGAGCGAGAGAAGCAUGCCCACAGUAUACUGCAGUUUAAGUUCAGCGAACUGGAAGAAACACUGAAGCAAAGUGAAGAGCUUCUUACUGAGAUACGUCAAUUACGCCUCAGACAAGACGACUUUGUUAGGGAGGUCUCUGACCUGCAGGAAACUAUUGAAUGGAAGGAUAAAAAAAUUGGGGCCUUAGAAAGGCAGAAGGAGUAUUCUGAUGCCAUUCGAAAUGAGCGAGAUGAGCUCAGGGAUGAGGUGGUUCAGCUCAGAGACAUUUUGAAGAAACAUGGCAUUGUCCUCGGACCUGACUUAAGCACCAUUAGGGAAGUGGGAGACGAUGUGACUGAUGGAUCAACUUGCACUGAAGUAAAAGAGGGGAGCAGUGUGCUAGGCACUCAGGAAAUGCAGCUGGUUAGAGGUGAAAAUGUAGGUGGCUGCAGAGGAGGCAAAGACCAACACCCAAAGGAUUUGGAUCAUGGAAUGCAGGGGAAUCAUCUGCCACCACAUGCAUAUGGCAGUUCUUCUGAGGCUCCUUUAGCAACACAAAAUUACAAUGAGCAUCUUUGGAAGUAUUUAAAUAAUGACUUAAAGCAAAUUCAAAAUAAUGUUGAAAAAUCUCAGAAUGUCGUUUUUGACCCUGAGGAUCUAAUGUCAACAUCAAGGUUUAAGGAUGAAGUUAAAAAAGAGAAAGAGGUUGUAGGGGACAACUCACAUAAAUCAGGUAAAUUUGGGGAGCUAGAGCCUGAUCCCCUUACUGAGGGACCUGAGAUUGCCGAUCAGAAUAAGAGCUUAAUUUCUGUUAAAAUCACUGAGGUAAUAAAAGAGGGAAAUCCUGGUUUCGCCAAUUAUGCAUGUGAGGUACCAUUGGUAUCCCCAGAACAUGGAUAUAAACCAGCUGAAACAGUGGUUGGAGAUGCUCAAGACAAAAAAACUGAAGAACAGUCAAGAAGAACAGAUGAAAAAGUGCAACAGUCCAAAAGUGCCAGUAUUCCCAGCAAAAAGAAGAAAAAGAAGAAGAAAAACAAACAAAAACAGAAACAAUGUUGUGAUGAAAAAGAGGGCAAUACAGAGUCUCAGGAAAAGAAUGAAAACCAACUAAAAACGGCUAGUCCAGUCCAGAUAAGGGAGACAAAUCCAGAAUGUAACUCUCAGUUCGUAGAACCCUCAGAGGACAUGGUAGUAAAUGAACAUAUCACAACUAAUUUGGAUGAUGAAGGAAUGAUUCAACCACUAAACAAAGGUGUAGAUUGUGUAAAACUACAAAGCCCUGAGUCAAGAACUGAUGUUGCUUCCAGUUGUGGUGUUUUCCUGGAGUCAUCGGACAAGACAGAAAAUUCUUUACAGGUUAAAAAUGAGAAAGAAGAGACCCAGGAGGCAAAUGUGUCAGCAGAACUAAAAACCGAUGACCAGAUCGCUCGUCUUAAUGAAAUGAAACAUGAAUCUGUCAAAGCAGUCAAAGAUGAAAAGGCAACUCAAGGGGAUGUCCAGCAUGGAUGUUAUAUCACAGCUGAUGACGAAUACCUAAAGCCGUGCUUUGAAGAUUUGAGUGGGAAUACCCUGGAAAUGAAUUACAGUAGUGCAGAAAUGUCUACAGACAGCUCUUCAAUUAAUAAACAAUAUCAAGUUAUGACUGCAAUAAAACUUCCUGGAGAGGACAAAGAAUAUCAAGAGCCCACAGAUCCAGCUCCGGAAUCCAAAGUAGAGGAAAAUGUGGUGGAAUGUAGAGAGUCAUUCGAACGUCAUGGUACUGUUUUGGAGGAAUCAAGUGUUAUGCCAAACUGUUUCUCUGUGAAAACAAAUGAGGAGGUUAUUGGGUCAAAAGAAAAAUUGCAAGAAAAAAACAAGGCUUGGCAGGAACAGGAAAGUGAUCCCUGUGCCACUGGUCAGGAGCAGACGGGUAAGAACAGUGAACCACAGGAAAUUACAGAUGCUCAAGAUGCAGAUACAGAUGCAGCCCAAGAACUACAGAUAUAUGAGCAGGCCAAUGAAAGGUCUGAAGGGGAACAACAAACCUCAAUCAAGAGAGAGGGCUGUUUAACACAGGAUCAGCUAGUCAAAACAGAAGAAAAAUAUCAUGUACAUCAGCAACAAGACAUACCAGAAAAUGAAGAAGAACAUCUAGAAAUUAAGGAUACUGAGCACAGUGCUGAUACUGUUUUGGAGGAAUCAUUAAGUGUUAUGCCAAACUGUUUCUCUGUGAAAACAAAGGAGGAGGUUAUUGGGUCAAAAGAAAAAUUGCAAGAAAAAAACAAGGCUUGGCAGGAACAGGAAAGUGAUCCUUGCACCACUGGUCAGGAGCAGAUGGGUAAGAACAGUGAACCACAGGAAAUUACAGAUGCUCAAGAUGCAGAUACAGAUGCAGCCCAAGAACUACAGAUAUAUGAGCAGGCCAGUGAAAGGUCUGAAGGGGAACAACAAACCUCAAUCAAGAGAGAGGGCUGUUUAACGCAGGAUCAACUGGUCAUAACAGAAGAAAAAUGUCAUGUACAUCAGCAACAAGACAUACCAGAAAAUGAAGAAGAACAUCUAGAAAUGAAGGAUACUGAGCACAAUGCUGAUACUGUUUUGGAGGAAUCAUUAAGUGUUAUGCCAAACUGUUUCUCUGUGAAAACAAAGGAGGAGGUUAUUGGGUCAAAAGAAAAAUUGCAAGAAAAAAACAAGGCUUGGCAGGAACAGGAAAGUGAUCCCUGCACCACUGGUCAGGAGCAGACGGGUAAGAACAGUGAACCACAGGAAAUUACAGAUGCUCAAGAUGCAGAUACAGAUGCACCCCAAGAACUACAGAUAUAUGAGCAGGCCAGUGAAAGGUCUGAAGGGGAACAACAAACCUCAAUCAAGAGAGAGGGCUGUUUAACGCAGGAUCAGCUGGUCAUAACAGAAGAAAAAUGUCAUGUACAUCAGCAACAAGACAUACCAGAAAAUGAAGAAGAACAUCUAGAAAUUAAGGAUACUGAGCACAGUGCUGAUACUGUUUUGGAGGAAUCAUUAAGUGUUAUGCCAAACUGUUUCUCUGUGAAAACAAAGGAGGAGGUUAUUGGGUCAAAAGAAAAAUUGCAAGAAAAAAACAAGGCUUGGCAGGAACAGGAAAGUGAUCCCUUCACCACUGGUCAGGAGCAGACGGGUAAGAACAAUGAACCACAGGAAAUUACAGAUGCUCAAGAUGCAGAUACAGAUGCAGCCCAAGAACUACAGAUAUGUGAGCAGGCCAAUGAAAGGUCUGAAGGGGAACAACAAACCUCAAUCAAGAGAGAGGGCUGUUUAACACAGGAUCAGCUGGUCAAAACAGAAGAAAAAUAUCAUGCACAUCAGCAACAAGACAUACCAGAAAAUGAAGAAGAACAUCUAGAAAUGAAAGAUACUGAGCACAGUGUAGGACGAGAGAGUGACACAGGAAACAAUUUCCAGAACCUUGAUAAACCACACUCAGAAGUGGUAGAAUUAGGUCUGAAGGCCAUUGAUUCCAUUAUCCAAGGAGGAGGUCAGAAUUUAGGAGAGCACGCAGUUCUAACUGGGAUAAAUAAAGAAGAUUCAAAGAAAGGCUCCGAAACUGAGAACAAGAAAGGGAAAGGCAAGAGUAGGGAAGACUGCAAAAUGUCCUAGUACUAUAGCUAAGGGUAUGGUGCUUGUUUUCUUAACCUUUUCAUAAAGAGUUUCAAAGCCUCACUCCAAAGGUAAUUAACUUAAGAAGUUUAUAGUACAUAGUAGUACACAAUGUUUUUUUUCCCAGCAUUUUUUUAAAAGUCAAGGGUCCACCCAUAUGUUGUAGAACCUAAUUCAAGUCUGAAGCUAGGCAGAAAAUAAUAGAAAGCAUUUUACUUUUGUCAGAAAUGUAUCUAAUCAGGUAAUUAAAACACUGAAGUGUUCUUUUUUUGCACUUUUAAAAGUAUGGCUAACAGAAAAAUGUACUCCACUCUUUAUCAGCAUUGCAAAAUAUAUCUGGCAGUCGACACACAAAACAUCUGUCAGCUUAUAUGCUAAGCUUGUGUUUGCCUUAUUGAAACAGUGACUUCUUUAUUAAAUGUUGCUAAUAAUAUUUAACCAGAAAGCUUUUUCUAGAAAUGUGACUUCUGAUGGAUAGGCUAUCUCUCUCUUUCAGUCUAACUGCCUUUAAAUUUUUUGGUGACUGCUUACUUUUGAAAUGUGUGGUCCUUUCUGUAACUGAGGAUGAAAUUAUGAGCAAGACUACACUGCAAUGAAAGAUCAUUUCAGGGAUUCAACUUGCAGUGAAUGGUGUGUAGUCACAGGCUCUUAUGAUUGCUUAAAUAUUUGUUGCUUUUCAUUUUUUUUUUUUCUUUCUUUGUUUACGUGAAUGACCGAUUAUUCAUGUUCUUGUGGAAAAUAUUCAUCAUUAAAUAAUUUGUAACUUAAACUGUCCUGGUUUUGUUUUUUUUAUUAAAAUUGUAAAUAUGCAGAACGAUGUUAUGAUUGUGAAAAGAACACUGCUGCAUGAAGCUGCAUUUUUGAUGCUCCAUGUUUACACCUGAAGUUUCCACGCUGUCCAUCCUCACCCUUCAUCCUCACCCCAUUUACCUUUCCAUUUGCAUGCCCUGAAACCUUCCACCUUGCACCUGUGUAAGUUUGCUUUUUUUUUUUACUUGGAAAGGCAUUUUAUAACUGAAAAUGUGGUAGUCAGAAAAUGCAUGUGGUUUCAUUACUCCAUAUCAAAAAUCAAAGGAAAACUGCUGUGCUGUUCUGCAGGACAGGAGUUUUGCAUAGAUGUUUUAAAAAUGUUAAACUUAUCAAAUAAAUAGAAUAGAGGAUAUUCCUUAUAGAGGAUGUGUUAUCUGUUUAUAUAAAUACAAAUAAUACUGGGCUGCCAUAAAAGAGAGGUAUGAAAAUGGUUAAGUGAACAUAUUAAACUACAUAAAAUCGGCACUGACUGUAUUAAUAUGUAUUUGCAUUUGUUCUAAUAUUAGUGUUUUUCUGAGUAAAUAUAUGCUAACUGCCCAAUUAAAUAGCUUUUUAAAUGUAAUUUUCUCUG